CUGACGAUGAAGAAUUUGGCGGUAGUUUACAUUUCUCGUUACUGUAUCCCACGUUAUUUCGCAUAUUUGGUGUAACUUUGUUUCCCAGUUAUAUGAGGCUCAUUUUUAUGAACUGAGUAAAUUUGAUGUCCAACAAAAGCAAUUGGAACGAAAAAGCCGCUUCUCAACUACAAAACAAAACUCUAAAAACAGUCUCAGCUAUACAAAAUCUUAUUCAAAAUAUUAUAAAAACUUCACAUUCUUCUGAACUUCUGUCUUCCGCUAUCAGCCACACCAUCAAUCAGGAUUCUGUUAUAUCUUCAACAUCUAAUAAGGUCAUUCAGCUUACUUGUAUCAUUGACCGUCUGUCCGAUCAAGAGAAUCUUCUUCGAACACGUUUGGACCUUCUUUAAUAGUACAUUCUACAUUUUUAUCUAUAAAAUGUCCACUGCAACUUUACCAAACAUUCUAAUAACGGGCACACCUGGCACCGGUAAAACAACUAUCUCUAAAGAAGUAUCUAGACGUAGUUCACUUAAUUAUAUCAGCAUCAAUGACGUUGCCAAGGAAGAAGAACUAUAUGAUGGAUAUGAUGAAGCUAAUCAGUGUCAUAUCCUGGAUGAAGACAGAAUCCUGGAUGAAUUAGAAGAUGCUAUGUCAUCGGGUGGUCAGAUUGUUGACUAUCAUUCCUGUGAAUUCUUUCCCGAACGAUGGUUUGAUGCCGUGUUUGUGUUGCGAACGGACAACACCGUUCUCUAUCCCCGUCUCACUUCUCGUAAUUACUCCAGCGAAAAGGUCUCAGACCUUAUUCAUUGUGAAAUUGUCCAGGUUAUUCUGGACGAGGCUCGUGAAUCGUAUAGUACAGACAAAGUACAUGAACUAAUUAAUAAUACUCCUGAAGACUUAGAAAAAAAUAUUUUUCAAAUCUGUGAAUGGAUCAAGCAGUGGCAUAUUGAAUCGUCCUAAAUCCGUUCUCAUAUUUCUAUAUGUAAAAUUAAACUGCAUGAAAAAAUAAUUGAUGAGAAACGGCAUAUAUAUUGCUAUCUUUCAUUAAUUUUUUUUCAUUUCCAUGAUAACUAGACUAUGAAUAAAACGUAUGCAUAUUUGAAUCGCUUCUUUUGAAGUAAAUAUAUUUGUAACAUUCUGAAA